AUGUCUAACGAAGAGAAAAACGAAAAGUUCUUUGCUCCAGUGGGUGAUAGAGUCGAAGCUCUUACUGGUGAAGAAACCAACACCGAUGUCAUGAAGACUGGUGCCGAAGAUGUUGAAGGCCGUCCAGUUCAAGAAGUCCAAUCCUAUUGUAUGAACUGUUCCAAGAACGGGGUCACUAGAAUGUUGUUGACCAAGAUCCCAUAUUUCAAAGAAAUAAUCUUGAUGUCAUUUGAAUGUCCUCAUUGUGGAUUCAAGAAUUCUGAAAUCCAAUCCGCGGCACAAAUCCAAGAUAAAGGUAGCAAGUACAUUUUGAAGAUUGAAAAGAAGGAAGAUUUUAAUAGACAAGUUGUCAAAUCCGAAAGUGCCAAUUGUAACUUUGUGGAAUUGGAAACUGAAAUCCCUCCAAAGAAGGGUCAAUUUAUUACCGUCGAAGGGUUGUUGACAGAAAUGAUUGAAGAUUUGGAAUCUGACCAAGAAAAGAGAAAAGAAAUCCAACCAGAGAUCUAUGACAAAAUCGACGCUUACAUCAAGAAGGUUAAAAGUUGCAUCAACGGCGACGAAGGAUGUUUACCUUUGACUGUGGUUGUUGAUGAUCCAGCCGGAAAUUCUUGGAUCGAAUACGUCCCAGGCGAGCCUUCCCACAAGUGGUCCAAGGUCGAAUAUUUCAGAACUCCUGAACAGAAUCUUCAACUUGGGUUGAUCGAUGAAGGAAAAUACGCCGAUAUUAAGAGACUCGAAAAAGAACGUGAAGAAAACACUACUGAACAACCACUUUCUACCGGGUUUGCUUCCGACUCAACCGACAUUGAAAACUUUGCCAACGAAGUCCAAGUUUUCAAGGCCACAUGCCCAACCUGUUAUGCUCCUUGCGAUACCCAUAUGAAAACCGUUAACAUUCCACAUUUUAAAGAUGUUAUCAUUAUGAGUACAGUCUGUGAUCACUGUGGUUACAAAUCUAACGAAGUUAAGACCGGUGGCGCCAUCCCAGAAAAGGGUAAAAGAGUGGUGCUCAAGUGUGACGAUCCUGAAGAUUUGAAGAGAGAUAUCCUCAAAUCUGAAACUUGUCACUUGGUGGUUCCAGAAUUGAACAUGGAUUUGACUCCAGGUACCCUUGGUGGUAGAUUCACGACUCUUGAAGGGUUGUUGCGUCAAGUUCAUGAUGAAUUAAACGAACGUGUUUUCACACAGACGUCUGAUUCUAUGGAUCCAAAGACUAAGGCCAGUUGGGAAUCAUUUUUCGCCAAACUUCAGCAGGCCAUCGAUGGGAAAAUCCCAUUCACUUUGAUGAUGGAAGAUCCUCUUGCUGCUAGUUAUGUCCAAAAUGUCUAUGCUCCAGACGUUGAUCCAAAUAUGGCUAGUGAAGACUAUGAAAGAACUGAUGAAGAAAACGAAUCUUUGGGUUUAAACGAUAUGGUUGUGUAA